GUGACUUAGAAAAGAUGCUUGCUUGAAGGAAGGAGCCCAAAUGGCGACACUAAAAUUUGCCAAAAAAAACUUGCAGCUGUAACUUCCUGAAAGAACAAAGAGUUUUAGUAUGAAGGAAGAAUUAGAGAGAGAAUUUGAGAAGCUUCUGGAAGACCAGGAAACUUAUUCGAGAAAACAGCGAAACCUGGAUGGAUCGGAAGAUGAAAUAAGAACACAACUCAGUGAGCUGAAAGAAAAUAUAUUGAAGAAUUUUGCUGAAUGGAGGAGAAAGUUAGAGGAAGAUGAAUCAUCCGUGCUGACAGCAAUCGAUGAGGAGGGACUUCAAACUCUAACUCAGAUUAGGAACUAUUCCGGAGCAUUAAACAAGAUGAUUGAACUGGUCACAUCAGUGGAUGGAAAAACCCAGAAUCUGCAACAGGGUGACACUCUCUCUUUUAUUCAGAACUCGAGGCAAUUCCUUUCGAGACUGGCUCAGACUCGGACAGUCACAGAGCCAAGUAUUCCAGAGAUCACCCUGAACCUAUCUGGUAUAUAUCAACGCCUUCAGAACAGGCUGAACACUUGGGAAAAGUAUCAGUCAGAAAUAUUGGAAAUCAUCAAACCAUCUUCUGCCGAAUACAGGAGCUUAUUGAAUGUAACUCCUUCCCAACAUAGCUCCUCUGGAGAAGCCCCUGUCCUCACAUUGGCUAGAACUGGCGAGGAAGAUGAAAUAUCUGAAGAUCCAGCCUCCACUGAACACAGGGAUGCAAUGAACAAAACUUCUCCCCAAGAGAGUUCUUCUGGGACAGCCACUAUCCAAGAGAAAAUUAUCCAGCCAUCAACUGGGAUCAGUGGAACAGCAGAGAUAUCCCAAGAGAAAAGUCCAUUGAGUCUGGAUCCAAAGACAGCAAACUGUAACUUGAUUCUGUCUGAUGACCUGAGAACAGUGACAUGGACUGAACAGCAACAACCCUACUUACCCCAUCCAAAGAGAUUUAAAUAUCUUCCUCAAGUCCUUUGCUCCCAGAGCUUUUCCUCAGGAUCCUAUUCCUGGGAUGUGCAGACGGAUGGGAAUUAUUGGAGAAUCGGGAUUGUAUAUGGGAGUGUGGAGAGAGAGGGAGAAAUCUCUUCCCUUGGGAACAACAGUAAAUCUUGGAGUUUGGAUUUUAUUGCUGGUUAUCUCACAGCCCGGCACAAUUCUGAGAUCACAGUCCUUCCAUUGCUUCCAUCUAUAAAUAGGAUUCGAGUCCAGUUGAAUUAUGAGGCUGGGACUUUAUCAUUUUACCAAGUUACUGACUCACUGAAACAUUUAUACACAUUUCAAACCACAUUCACUGAACCCGUGUUUCCAGCAUUUUAUAGUUGGGACAAAUCCCUAAAACUGUUACUUUCAAAAUGAUAUUUGAAACUCUGACACUACUUCUGGUGUCAGUUAAUUUGGUGAUGCAAGUUUCUAGAUUUUUCACUCUAAGUAAGACAGAAACAAUUUAAGUGUCCAAGGGAAUGUCCCUGUAUCUGAAUAUUGAGGCCUGAGCCAGUGUUUGUGCCUGGCAUUUACACAGGCUAGAAAAAGCUCAUUUGAAUGGAACUGUGGUACGACCUCAAAGUUGAAAAGCAAAGUGUUUUUAUUUACAUCAAUUUAAGGAGCAAGUAAAUUCUAUUCUUCUUCUUAUCCACAUCCCAAGGAAAGUUAAGUUUGAGAUAUUCCAUAGUGAAGAUUCAGCCAGAAUAUAUAAAAUUAAGUGUCAAUUUUGUUUUGCGUUUGCUUCAGUUAACAUAACUGAGUUUCCCUAUCUGAUGUCUUUGCUUCGGUUCCCUUUAUCUGAUAUCAUGGGAUCAUAGGAAGGUUAUAUCACAGAAAGAGGCCAUUCGAUCCAUCAUAUCUGUGUCAGCUGAGUAAAUUACUGUAAUCCCACAUUCCCUAACUUUAUCCAUAGUCUUGCAGAAUACAGAUCCAGGUUUCUUUUAAAUACAUUGGAAAUUUUUUGCCUCAGCCAUCAAACUGGGAAGUGAAUUCCUGAUACCUGCAUGGCCAUGCCAUCCUUAAUUCUUCUACCAAUCACUUUAAAUCUUUGCCAUCUUGUAAUUGACCCGUCUGCCAGGGGAAACAGAUCUUCCCCGCCCAAUUUAUGUAAGCCCCUCAUAGUUUUGUACAUCUAAAUUUAGUCACCCUUCAUCCUGCUCUGUUUUAAGUAAAACAGCCCUAGCUAUUCAAUAUUUCCUCAUAGUGACAAUGUUGAAGCCCCGGCAACAUUCUUGUAAAUUUCCUCUGUACUCUGUUGAGAGCAAUUGAAAUGUAGUGACUGUGACUAUAUAUGAACGCCUGCUGUGACCAAUAUGUUAUGUUAUUGCAGUGUUAUAUCUUUGGUUUUGUAUUCAAUACCUUGCUCAAUGAAAUAAAAGCAUCCUUUAUCAUCUUAUUUACCUGUUUUUACACCUUCAGAAACUUGUUGACAUGCAGUCCAAUUCAUCUCAAUUCCUCAAUUCCUUUAUUCCUCUCAAUGGCCCCCCAUUUAUUCUGUAAUCCCUAGCAAGUUCCUCCCCAAAUGCAUAACUUCAUACUUUUCUGGACUGAAUUCCAUUUACCACUUUUCUGCUCACUGAACAAAACCAUUGUGUCAUUCGGAAGUUAAUAGCUAUCCACUAGAGUAACAAGUAUCCAGUCAAAUGAUUUCUGAAGAAGAGUCCGGACCCAAAAUGUCAACUUUCCUGCUCCUGUGAUGUUGCCUGGCCUGCUGAGUUCAUCCAGCUCCACUCUGUGUUAUCUCAGACUCCAGCAUUGGCAGUUCUUUCUAUCUCUGGUCAAAUCUUUUGUUGUUUGCAGAUUUCCCAAUCAAGUCUCCCAUGCUUAAGUCUAAAUAAUUAAAUUAUAAUAACAAAGGGCCCAACACUGAGUUCUGAAGAAUUCCAGUAGAAACCGUUUUCCAUUUGCAAUAACUUCCAUUGACCACUGCCAUUUGCUUCCUGUCACUGAGGCAGCUUUGGAUCCAACUUGAGAUAUUCCCCAGUAUCCCAUGGCUUUUAAUUUCACUAAUGACUCAGCUAUAUGGGAGGUAAUCAAAUAACUUGUUAAAAUCCAUGUCAACAAUAUCACUCCACUCUUGCCAGAUUACCUCUUAGCUUUAUAGUUUUUGCCUUUCCCCAAUAUAGAAAUUUUACUCCUGUCUAAUUCUUGUCACUUUCCAUAAUGAUGCUAAAUCUAAGAGUGUUGUGAUCACUGUCUCCAAAAGGGUCACCAACUACUACUUCAACCAUCUGCCCAUCAAUUUCAAAAGACUGACACUGUUUAAUUGUUGGACUAAUUGCUGGAUAUCUCUUCUGAUGAUGCAAUUUCCAGGUCUUUCUGCACAAGGAUAUAAAUUAGGAGCAGAAGAAGGCCUUUUAUCCCCUCAGGUUUGCUCUCUCAUUAAACACAAUAGGAGCUGACCUGUUGGUGUUUAGAAUUCCACAUUCCCGUAUACCCUGAUAUUCUUUUGUUCUCUUGCCUAACAAGAACAUACCUCCACCUUAAAAGUAUUCAACGAUCCUGCCUCCACCGCUUUCUGAGGCAGAGUUCCAAAGUCACACAACCCUCUGAGAGAAACAAAGGUCUCCUUAUUACUGCCCUAAAAAGGUGACCUGUAAUUUUUAAGUAGUGCCCACUGCUCCUAAAUCACUCUGAAGAGAAAAUAUUCUUUCCAUGUCCACCUAGUUGAGACCAUUCAGGAUCUUAUAGACUUAAAUCAUACAUCCCCUCAUUCUUCCAAGUUCCAGUGAAAACAGUCCAAAUUAUCUAAAAUUUCCUCAUGACAGUCUGCUUAUUCCAGGAAUCCAUCUAGCAAAUGUCCCUUGAACAUUCUCCAACUUAUUUCCAUUCUUCACAAGAUAAAGAGACCAAAACUACCAACAGAAAAUAGUCAUACUAAUGCCCCGUAUAACUGAAACAGAAUUUCAUAACUUUUAUCUUCAGUUCCUUUCGUAGUAGAAUAUAUCAUUUCAUAAGCCUUUGUUAACACUUGCUAUAUCUGUAUACCAAUGUUUUGUGAUCCAUUCACUAAAACACCUGGAUCCUUCUGGACCUUGGAAUUCUGUAGUUGUUCUCUGCUUAAUUAAUACUCCGCUUUUUUGCUCUUCCUGCCAAAGUAAGCUACUUUGCAUUUUCUCACACACUAUCCCAUCUACCAGACAUUAACCUCAACCAACAUAUAUCUGUAGCUCAUUAUGCCCUGUUUACAACAUAGUUAUCUACUUUGUCUCAUCUUCAAACUUAGCUACCAUGGCCCACUCGCCUUAUCCAAAAUAAUGAUAUAAGUUGUAAUAAGUUGAGGGCCCACCUCGAAUCCCUGCCAUUCAUCAGGUCCAGCCUUACAUAAGACCCAUAAAUGCAAACUUUGAUUUUCGCCAGUCAGCCAAUUAUAUAACCGUACUGCUGAGCUACCUCUACAGCAUGAGCUCUUAUUUUGCACAAUUACCUUCAAUCCGACACAUUGACAAAUGCCUUCUGGAAUAAGUCAAUGUGCUCCGAUUUAUCGGUGCAUGUUACUCCUUCAAAUAAUUCCAAUAAAUUAGUUACUAUUUCUCUUUCAUAAUAUGAUGCUGAAUCUUCCCAACUAUCUUGGAUUUUUCUAAGUGCAGAGCCAUAACCUUCUUAACAAUUAAUUGUAACACUUUCCCAUGAUAUAUAUCAAACAAAAUGGUCCAUAGAUUCCUGUUUUCUGUCUCCCUUCCUCCUUGAAUAGAGGAGUUAUGUUUACUUUGCAGUCUGAUGGAACAUUUCCAAAAUCUGAUGAAUUUUUGAAAAUUAACAAUAAAGCAUUAGCUAUUCUUUCACCGUCUCUUUCAGGACCCUGGGAUGAAGACCAUCAGGUCUUAUCAGCCCUGCUGAUGUAUCAUUCCCCGACCCCCUCCCCGCUUUUGCUGAUGUUGCUGCCAGAUCUCACCCUCUGAUAUUAUCAGGUGCCCAGUGCUUUGUCUCUUUUCAGGAUCCAUGUGAUCUUUCUGCUUUUCUUUGUUAAAAAAAGUUGCUUCUUGUGAUUAAUCGUCAUUUGUAGUGUUACAAUUGACUUAAAUUGUAUAAUUUCUCUUCUUUGUUAUGUAAUUGUUGUGGUAUAAAUCUCAAUAAUGGAUCAUAGUGGUGACAGGCAUGCCUGCAUUAAACUCCCUGUUGAAUCGUAAUAAUGACAGCAGACACACCUCUAUUAAUCUCGGUACUGAAUUGUAGUUGCACAAAUAGAACAUAGAACAUUACAGCACAGUACAGGCCCUUCGGCCCCCGAUGUUGCAACAACCUGUGAAACCAAUCUGAAGCCCAUCUAACCAACAGUUUUCCAUUAUCAUCCAUAUGUUUAUCCAAUGACCAUUUAAAUGCCCCUAAAGCUGGUGAGUCUACUACUGUUGCAGGCAGGGCAUUCCACGUUCUUACUACUCUCUGAGUAAAGAAUCUACCUCUGAUGUCUGUCCUAUAUCUAUCACCCCUCAAUUUAAAGCUAUGUCCCCUCAUGCUAGCCAUCACCAUCUGAGCAAAAAGGCUCUCACUAUCCACCCUAUCUAAUCUUCUGAUCAUCUUGUAUGUCUCUAUUAAGUCACCUCUAAACCUUCUUCUCUCUAACGAAAACAGCCUCAAGUCCCUCAGCCUUUCCUUUUCAGACCUUCCCUCCAUACCAGGCAACAUCCUGGUAAAUCUCCUCUGCACCCUUUCCAAUGCUUCCACGCCCUUCCUAUAAUGUGGCGACCAGAACUGUAUCAGAACUGUAUUCCUGUUACUCCUUCCAAAGUGAAUUACCUCACACUUUUCUGCAUUAAACUCCAUUUGCCACCUCUCAGCCCACUCUGCAGUUUAUCUAUGUCCCUCUGUAACCUGCAUCCUUCCACCAUAUCCACAACACCACCAACUCUAGUGUCAUCCGUAAAUUUAGUAGCUCAUCCUUCUACACCCUCAUCCAGGUCAUUUAUAAAAAUGACAAACAGCAGUGGCCCCAAAACAGAUCCUUGCGGUACACUACUAGUAACUGAACUCCAGGAUGAACAAUUCCCAUCAACCACCAACUGUAUUCUUACAGCUCGCCACAGUUAAAUUUUUCAUAAUAACUUUAGGUUGAACUGUUUCUAUUAGGAGUGGUGGCAAGUUAUAGCAAAGCCCCUAGAUCGUGAAGCCUGUGACCCAGUGAGCUCACUGUUUUACUGUAAGCAUUUCAAGAAUAUGCAUGGUUAUUUUUGUUAGUAUUGUGUCUGUAUGAUUAUUACAAAUGACAGAAAUCUCUAUUUGUUUAACUCCUAUGAAAACUAAUAAAUGCUUUUGAACUCUA